AUGGCAGGAUGCUGCCGAGGCACUGGCAAACCCCGAGGCCCGGCCCACAGCUGGUGGCGGCACAGCCAGUGCCGCCAGGUCACUUCCUGCCUCGGGUGGUCCAGCUGGAAUGACCCAGGUAAGGAAGAGCCCAUGGAGGGAGCCCUGGGGCUGGGGGAGCGUGGGCUGCAGUUCCAUCAGACCGUAGGGGAACCCGCCGAUUUCCAGGGGCAGCUCACCGGCUCCUCCUCGCGGUGCCAGGGCCAGCUGGAGGUCCACCUCCAGGGCUCGUGGAGCACGGUUUGCAGCCAGAGCUGGGGCAGGAGCCCCUCUCGCUGGGAGGACCCCCACCAGGUCUCGAACAUCUGCCGACGGCUGGGCUGCAGGGAGGCCGUGAUCCUGGCCCCCUUCUCCCGCUUGAACACCCCCCGGAACCAGCUCAUCUGCCACGGACACCUGGGCACCUUCUCCAACUGCACCGUCGGACCAGACCAGUGCCCCCCUCUGAGCCUGGUCUGCUUAGAGCCCCAGACGACGACACCGCCCCCCACAAGCCCCCCGCCCACCACCACUCCAGAGCCCACAGCUUCUCCCAGGCUGCGGCUGGUGCCAAGGCCCGGGGACCUUCACUGCACCGGCGUGGUCGAGUUCUACAGUGGCGGCCAGGGCGGCACCGUCAGCUACGAGGGCCAGUCUGAGGCCCGAGGGCUUGGAAACCUGCUUUGCGAAGCCCUCCAGUGUGGCUCCUUCUUGAAGCAUCUGCCAGGGUCCAAGGCAGCCGGGGCACAAGACCUAGGCGAGGCCGGGGGACACAGACCCUUGCCCAUUCGAUGGGAGAUCCAGAAUGCAAGCUGUGCCUCCGUGGAACAGUGCUUCAGGAAAAUCCAGCCCCAGAAGCAGGGGGCAGCUCUCACCCUGGCCUGCUCGGAUUUCCAACCCAAGGUGCAGAGCCGCCUGGCGGGGGGCAGCAGCAUGUGUGAAGGCGUCGUGGAAGUGCGCCAUGGGGGUGAGCAGUGGGCGUCCCUGUGUGACAGCUCCCCGGCCAAGGUCACAGCACGGUGGAAAGAGGUGUGCCGGGAGCAACAGUGCGGCAGCGUCAAGUCCUAUCACGUGCUGGAUGCUGGCAAGACCCCCCGAGGGCUCUCAUGUCCCAAGGAGAUACUGUCCCAGUGUCUUGAGCUUCAGGAGGAAAAAUCCCACUGCAAGAAGGUGUUUGUCACAUGCCAGGACCCGAGCCCCGCAGGCCUGAACGCAGGCUCCGUGGCCAGCAUCGUCCUGGGACUGGUGCUCCUGGCAGUGCUGCUGGUCCUGUGUGGUCCUCCCGCCUAUAAGAAGCUGGUGAAGAAAUUCCGCCAGAAGAAGCAGCGCCAGUGGAUUGGCCCCACAGCGGUGAACCAGAACAUGUCGUUCCAUCGCAGCCACACGGCCACCGUCCGGUCCCAGGCUGAGGCUCCCACGGCCUCCCACGUGGAUAACGAGUACAGCCAGCCUCCCAGGAACUCCCUUGCCUCGGCCUACCCAGCUCUGGAAGGCGCCCUGCACCGCACCUGCACGCAGCCGGACAACUCCUCUGACAGCGACUACGACCUGCAUGGGGCACAGAGGCUGUGAGAGAACUGGCAACAAAAAAGCAAGAGUCAGCCCUAUUUGUCCUCAGAAAACUCUGCACUUACCACUUGGACAGGAUGUCUCGAUUUCUAGCCCAGCCAGAACGUGGAUGGAGGCCAGGGAGCCUUCUGGACAGGUGCUGCUGUCCUGCAGUGGCAGGCCAGCGCUCACGGCCCCACCAGACCCGGGCCCCGACAGAGACCACCACGACAGCUCGGCCGCCCCCACCCCCCAGGCAUGGAAGGCGCAGUAGGCAAAGCCCAGAAACAAGCAGCCCCUCCAAGCAAAGAUGCUGGGACAUCUAGAGGGGGCCCUUUUCCUAACACGGCACCCCUUCCCCUGUCUGCUGUCCCUACCUGGGCGAGUACAUUUUUAAUAUGUUCUUUGUAAAUAAUGCUUCUACUUCCUGAGA